AUGAAGGUGCGCCUCCUACGCGCAAUCGAGCCCGGCGAAGAGGUCUGCGUCUCCUACUUAGGAGAUGCUCUCAUGUCCAAGUCUUCGAGGCAGCAGUUCCUCCGUGCGCGCUAUUUUUUCCUCUGCGCCUGCCCGCUGUGCAGCUUGCCCCACGACGAGCUUGCUGGCUGGACCUGUGCCUGCGGCAGACGCCGCCUGAGCUGCGAGGCCUGCGCCUGUGGCGACACUUCCGGCGACUGGCCUUCAAAGGAGCACCUCAAGGCAGUGGAUGACUUGGAGAGAAGGGUGGCUGUGCUUGCCGCAACAUGCGGCGAGAAGCUGCAGGGCCUUGAGGAGGUGAAAGAAGUUUGCAGGAAACUACAACUGCAGUUCCACGUUGUCAGCGCUCGGACGACGUUCUGCUUGCUGGAACGGCGCCUCUCCGCCAUGGGAUCUGGCCCUCGGAAUGCGGAGCGACUGGAGGAGGCUUGGAAUGAGAUGGCCUCCCUCUGGAGUUGGUUUGAGGCCGAGUGGAACCCUUUGCGACCUUAUGCUGCGGCACAUCUCUAUGAGCCCACGACGAAGCUUAUC